GAGACGAAGCAGGGACUGGAGUCACGGAGGGGCGGGACGGCCACUAGGGGAGAACAGCCUGAGCUUCAGUGGGGACCACCAGGCAGGAACGGCUCUGUCCCUGGCGCAACUUAAUGCAGGGAGAAGAGCAGGGGCUGCAUGGUCAUGGGGGAUGGGCUGGCGCUUCGGGAGGGGAAGAAGACCCCCGGCUUCAGAGCUGUAAGGGGGCAUUCAAGAAACAGGAGCUAUCCACCAAAGCUGGUCAACCCAACCAAAGGACCCCUCACCCCCGCUGGUUGCCCGUCCAUGAGCCAGACAGGAUCUGGGGAAUGAACUGUCACACCGGGCCCCUUGCCUGCCAUCCCCAACCCUCAGGACAGCAAGGAAAGCCAUGGAGACUUCAGGAUCCUCCUCCCAGCCUCAAGACAACAGUCAAGUCCACAGAGAAACAGAAGAUCUGGACUAUGGAGAGACAGAUUUCCACAAGCAAGAUGGGAAGGCUGGACUCUUUUCCCAAGAACAGUAUGAGAGAGACAAGUCUUCUUCCUCUUCUUCCUCCUCCUCCUCAUCUUCCUCUUCCUCCUCCUCCUCCUCUUCAGGUCCUGGCCAUGGGGAGCCUGACAUUUUGACGAAUGAGCUUCAACUCUAUGGAGAUGCCUCUGGAGAGGUGGUACCCUCUGGGGAAUCAGGACUCCGAAGGAGAGGCUCUGACCCACCAAGUGGAGAAGUGGAGGCCUCUCAGUUAAGAAGACUGAAUAUAAAGAAAGAUGAUGAGUUUUUCCAUUUCGUCCUCCUGUGCUUUGCCAUCGGGGCCAUGCUGGUGUGUUAUCACUUUUACACAGACUGGUUCAUGUCUCUUGGGGUUGGCCUGCUCACCUUCGCCUCCCUAGAAACCGUUGGCAUCUACUUCGGACUAGUGUACCGUAUCCACAGCGUCCUGCAAGGCUUCAUCCCCCUCUUCCAGAAGUUCGGGCUGACAGGAUUCAGGAAGACUGACUGAGGCCACUGCCAGGUGGGCAGCAGAGGCAGGCCCCAGUAUGACCAACAAUGCGACCCCUGAGCCCACAAGCACAGAGCAGCAUUCCGAAAGACGUGCAGGAGACCAAACCAGACCAAUAAAGAGAACACUUUUCCUUC